UCAGAUGUGACAAGGGCUGAGUUUCGUCAUGGCCCUCUAUUUUGACCACCGAAUAGAAGCUCCUGAAUCAGUGGGGUCCCCUUCACACAUUAGCUGGCACCCUGUUCACCCACUUCUGGCAGUUGCCUCCGUCAACUCAACCUCCGGUGGCCAUGUGGAUUUGUAUCUGGAGCAAGGGGAGCAUGUGUCUGAUGUGCGUGUUGAACGGUCAUUCCGAGUCACUUGCCUGUGCUGGCACCCCACAAGGCCCAUCCUGGCGGUCGGCUGGGAGACGGGAGAGGUAACCAUGAUCAAUAAGCGGGACAAGGAGCAGCACAUGGUCCCCCCUACACACACAGCUGACGUCAGCAUUCUCAGCUGGAGCACCAAUGGAAACUGCCUCGUGUCGGGGGACAAGCUUGGGGUUGCACUCUUGUGGAGGCUGGACCAGAGGGGUCGUGCCCAAGGGCCUGCCCUGCUGAAGCUUGAAUACGGGAAGCAGCUCACACAGUGCAUCUUCUGGCUUCCCCCUCCAGGAGAGGACCUCGUUCAGCUGGCCAAGGCAGCUGUGAGUGGUGAUGAGAAAGCCCUGGACAUGUUUAACUGGAGGAAAAGUGACUUCAGAAGUUUCCUGAAGAUGGGCUCCCAGGAGGCCUUGUCCUUCUUUGUGAGCUUGGUAGAUGGGACGGUGCACUAUGUGGACGAGAAGGGCAAGAGCACACGCGUGGCGGCCGCGGACAGCACUGUGCACACACUCUUCUAUAUGGACAAGAGAGAAGCGCUGGUGGUGGUCACCGAGAACCUGAUGCUGUCGCUCUACAUGGUGACCCCAGAGGGCCAAGUGGAGGAAGUGAUGAAGGUGAAGCUGAGUGGGAAAACAGGGUUCCAGGCAGACAUCGCUUUGAUUGAGGACAGCCUACUCGUGACUGCCAUUGGGGAGUCUGUGCUCAGAUUCUGGGACUUGGAACAUGGCGAGAACUACGUGCUGAGUCUACAGGAGAAGUUUGGCUUUGAGAAGGGAGAAAAUAUAAACUGUGUUUCGUACUGCAAAGCCAAAGGUCUUCUGGCAGCAGGCACUGAUAAAGGACGGGUGGCCAUGUGGAGCAAAGUGCCAGGUGUCCUGAGCACUCAGGGAGUAGAAAGCAGGUGGAGCCUCCAGACCUUGACUGAGCUGGAAGGGAACAUCACGCAGAUGAAGUGGGGCUCAAGGAAGAACCUGCUGGCAGUCAACAACGCCCUCUCUGUGGUCAUCCUCAGUGGACAGGCCAUGUCCUCGCACUUCCACCAGAAGGUGGCCGUGGUGCAGGUGGCCCCAAGUUUGCUCAGCGUGUCGUUCCUGUCCUCAGGAGUAACACACAGCCUGCGCACCGACAUGCACGUCAGUGGGGUGUUUGCCACCAAGGAUGCUGUUGCUGUCUGGAAUGGAAAGCAAGUACUGAUCUUUGAGCCUUCUGGGACCUCUUUACGAAAUGCAGGCACCUUCCUGUGCGAGUCUCCAGUGCUGGCCAUGCAUGAAGAAAGUGUUUAUACCGUGGAGCCAAACCGAGUACAGGUUCGAACGUGGCAGGGGACAGUGAAGCAGCUGUUGCUCUUCUCCCAGACUGAGGGAAAUCCGUGCUACCUGGACAUCUGCGGCAAUUUUCUGGUCGUGGGGACAGACUCAGCCCACUUUAAAAGUUUUGAUCUUUCCAGAAGGGAGGCAAAGGCUCACAGUGACUGCAAGUACCUGGGUGAGCUGGUCCCAGGUGCAGGCGGCUUGACGUCACUCCGAUGCAGUACCAGCGGUAGCAAGAUCAGCAUCCUUCUCCACAAGGCUGACAAUAGCCCUGACUCCAGAAUCUGUUUCUAUGAUGUUGAUAUGGACACGGUGAUGAUCUUGGACUUCAGAACAGGACAGCUGGAACAGAGGGAGGCACUGGCUUUCCAGGGCCAAGAGGCGAAGAAGACACAGGUCUUUGGAGAUGACCAACUGCUGAACCUUCUACCCCUGAACCACUUCUGGGAUCAGAGCGAGCCGAGACUUUUCGUGUGCGAGGCACUGCGGGAGACACCUGAAGCCCUGCUGCAGACUGAGGACACCCCAGGCUUCAAGGCUGAGGUGCUGGUCCUGUCCUUCUUCGUUUCUGAAGAGCAUGGUCUCCUGCUUCAAGACAGCUUCUCCCGGCCCCCCACCUUCCAGGCUCUACUCGGGGUUCAAGUGCCCUAUUAUUACUUCACGAAGCAGCCCGGCGAAGCUGACUAUCAAGAGGACCGAGGGAUCUCGGGGCCACACCAUGUGCCCCAGAUGGUGGGCAAGAGGCCCCUGCGGGAUUUUGUGGGGCUGGAGGACUGCGACAAGGCCACUCAGGAUGCCAUGCUCAACUUUAGUUUCUUCGUCACGGUGGGAGACAUGGACGAAGCCUUCAGGUCCAUCAAGCUCAUCAAAAGCAAGGCAGUAUGGGAGAACAUGGCACGCAUGUGCGUGAAGACCCAGCGGCUGGACGUGGCGAAAGUGUGCCUGGGGAACAUGGGUCAUGCUCGAGGCGCCCGAGCACUGCGCGAGGCUGAACGUGAGCCAGAGCUGGAGGCCCGAGUGGCCACAUUGGCCAUUCAACUGGGCAUGCUGGAAGAUGCAGAGCAGCUGUACAAGAAGUGCCAGCGCUAUGACCUACUCAACAAGCUGUAUCAGGCGUCUGACCAGUGGCAAAAAGCUGUAGAAGUAGCAGAGCUGCAGGACCGUGUGCACCUACGCACCACCUACUACAGCUAUGCGCAGCACCUGGAGAACAGUGCCAACCGCAGCCGGGCCCUCAGCUACUACGAGAAGUCUGAUACCCACCGCUUCGAGGUGCCACGGAUGCUCUCAGAGGACCUGCAGGCCCUGGCGCUCUACAUCGACAAGAUGAAGGACAAGGCCCUGUGGCGGUGGUGGGCACAGUAUCUGGAGAGCCGGGCAGAGAUGGAUGCCGCACUGCAAUACUAUGGUUUGGCCCAGGACUACUUCUCCCUGGUCCGUAUCUACUGCUUUCAGGGCGACAUCCAGAAGGCAGCCGAAAUCGCCAACAAGACUGGGAAUUGGGCCGCCUCGUACCACCUAGCCCGGCAGUAUGAAAGCCAGGAUGAGGUGCGGCAGGCUGUGCACUUCUACACGCGCGCACAGGCCUUCAAUAAUGCCAUUCGCCUCUGCAAGGAGAAUGGCUUGGAUGACCAGCUCAUGAAUUUGGCCCUGCUCAGCUCCCCUGAAGAUAUGAUUGAGGCCGCGCGCUACUAUGAGGAGAAGGGCGAGCAGUUGGACAGAGCCGUGAUGCUGUACCACAAGGCCGGCCACUUUUCCAAGGCCCUGGAGCUGGCCUUCGCCUCUCAGCAGCUCGGAGCCCUGCAGCUUAUUGCCGAGGAUCUGAAUGAAAACUCGGACCCUGCUCUCCUGGCCCGCUGCUCUGACUUCUUCCUGGAGCAUGGCCAGUACGAGAAGGCCGUGGGGCUGCUGCUGGCCGCCAAGAAGUACCAUGAGGCCCUGCAGCUGUGCCUGGAGCAGAACAUGACCAUCACCGAGGAGAUGGCUGAGAAGAUGACAGUGCCCAAGGAGUCCGGCAACAUGUCUGAGGCUGCGCGGCUUGAGCUUCUGGAGCAGAUCGCCAGCUGCUGUAUGCGCCAGGGCAGCUACCACCUGGCCACCAAGAAGUACACACAGGCCGGGAACAAGCUGAAGGCCAUGAGGGCGCUGCUUAAGUCUGGGGACACAGAGAAAAUCAUGUUCUUUGCUGGUGUCUCGCGGCAGAAGGAGAUCUACAUCAUGGCCGCCAACUACCUGCAGUCACUGGACUGGCGCAAGGAACCAGAGAUCAUGAAGAACAUCAUCAGCUUCUACACCAAGGGCCGUGCCCUGGACCUACUGGCCGGCUUCUAUGAUGCCUGUGCACAGGUGGAAAUCGAUGAGUACCAGAACUACGACAAGGCGCACGGCGCUCUCAUUGAGGCCUACAAGUGCAUGUCCAUGUCCAAGGCCAAGAACCCCCUGGAUCAGGAGGCCAAGCUGGCGCAGCUACAGAACAAGAUGGCAUUGGUGAAGCGUUUCCUCCAGGCCCGCAGGAUAUACGCAGACGACCCCAAGGAGUCAGCCCGGCAGUGUGAGCUGCUUCUAGAGGAGCCUGAGCUGGAUGGCAGUGUCCGCGCUGGUGAUGUUUACAGCUUCCUGGUGGAGCACUGCUUGCAGAGUGGCAACUUCCAGGCGGCCUACAGGUAUCUGGAGGAGAUGCGAAAACGGCUGCCUGCAUCCAGCAUGUCCUAUUACGUCAGCCAGCGCACAGUGGACGCCGUACACCAGGGCCUGGGCCUCCCACCUGCCCAUGCCCCAGCCGAGCGUGUCCGCUACAAUAGCAUGGAGGACUCCAGAGAUGUGGCCGAGGAAGUGCUGGAGGAGGUAGACAGUGGCCCCUGAAGCUACAGCCUGCCUGUGGCCAGAAGGCUCUUCUAGAACAUUCCAAGUGGAAUGAAUGGUAGCUGCCAGGGCUAAACAUGGCAGUUGAGAGGAAAUGGACAGCCAGGGCAAGCCCAGCAGCAGGGGCCGUGGGCACUGGUAAGACCCCACUCCAGCCCCAACCUAGUAGACGCAAGCCCGGAGAGGAAUGCCCACAGAGAGGGAGGGGACCUGCACACCCAUCAAUGUCUGACACCCCAAUAAAGUGCAG